AACAAAAACACGUUUAUCCUUCAAAGAUUUUCAUAAAAAUGCUCCAAAUCCAGAUUUACAAUCACCCAGUGAUUCUUCACCAAAAUCAAUUUUUCAACCAGAUAGUUCUUCUUCGGACGUUUCAUUAUUUUCAAAGAGUUUUCCAACAAAGCAAGAUAAUUCAGAAACAGAAUUAGAAGAGUGUACAACUGAAAAACAUCCUGCUCAAGAAAUUUCAACGAACGACGACUCAGUUGCAUUACCAGGAUUGAAUCCAUCAUGUUCUUCUCAUUCCGAUGAAGAGUUGCCUCUACAAUCAGACUCUAUUCAUAUGAAAGACUUGCAAAUUCGACAAACAGACAUGGAAAUUAACGACUGUAAUAUUGAAUCACAUAUGACACAAAAUCCUCAGGAUGUUGACCUAUCUUUGAAAGGCAAUCAAAAUCUUUCUUCAGAAGGUUUAAUCUCCUCGCGUAAUCAGCUUGAUCUAUCAUCAAAGGCAUUUUCAGUUGAUGAAAGCGUACCUAUUAAUGCGCCCACUUCAAAUUUCAUGAAACCCUGCUCGCAAAUCAAUUCAAAGGAUCUGAGAAAUAGCACAAACAUUGAUGACCUCCACAAGGAAAAUGAGGGAGACGAUUUGGGCAUUAUAAUUGAAGUUGCUCACAGAUGGAAAAACGAAGUUUCUAGAAAAGAUUCCCUAAUCAAAGAACUGAAUGAUGAGAUUCACGGGUUAAAACAUACCAUUGAGCAACGGGAUCAUUCUUUGUCCUUGUAUAUAGAGCGUAUGUCCAUUGUAGAAGCGCUAAUAAAACGUCAACAAACUUAUACUGAUCAUAAUCGUGAGAGAAUUGAGAAAAUGAAAGCAAAAUAUUAUCUGUAUCGCAAUAGUUUAUCAAAUAUGUUGAAACGUAUGGAAGAAGUACGAGAUGAAAAAAGUCGAAUCGAAAGUGAAAUUGAGUCCUUGAAAUGUGAAUUCGAUAAACUUGCUACACAACACAAAUCCAUUUCUGAAAGCCAUGCCUCUAAUUUUCAGUCACAGCGAUCUCAAAUUGCUCAAAUGACUGAUCUAAACACCCAUCUCGCUGAAUCUAACGCGCAACUCAAUAACGUUAUCGCACAACUUCGUCAAUUAAUACAAGAUUCGGAUGCUAAGUCUUCAUGCUAUGCAUCUGAGCUUGAAUCUACGCGCGAAAAAUUGGAAGUAUUAUUACGUGAACGCGAUACAGAAAGAAUGGCACAUGUGAACAAAUGCCAGAAUCUAGAGUCUUUGUUAAAACAUUCCGAAGAUAGCAACAAAGCAUUGACGACAAGUCAAAAAGAAAAUGAAGAGAGAAUUACUGCACUUACGAAAGAUAUUCAGAAAGUACAACAAGAGCUAGAAUCAACUCGAGCAGAACAUUGCCAACUGGAAAAUGAAUGGCGCAAUGAACGCACUCAAUUAGAAUCUGAAUGUCUAGAAGAACGUGCUCAACGACUGCGUCUAGAAUCUGACUAUCGUGACGAGCGUUCUGAACGCUUUCGUGUUGAGAAUGACCUACGUAAUUCAGAUAGAAAACUAGAGGAAAUGCUUCAAGAAAUUGAUAACAGCAAGCUAAAAAUUACACAGUUGGAAUUUCAAUUAAAUGAAAUUGAAUAUAGACAUAAAAAUCGUACAUCUGGUAUAUCUAUUUUUCUUUAUGAAAUGGUUUUUAUUUCUUUCUAA